AUGAAGGCAGGCAAACACGUUCUGAUCAACAUCCCUCGUGGAAUGAGUGCUGAAAACGCCUUGCUUCGCGUGCAGGCCGAUGCUCGUCGCUUGGGUGGACAAUGCGCGGAUAUGUACUUCCAGCAGGUCAACGUUACUGGGUCUUGGGCAGAGGUCAAACAAGCUAGAGGGUAUCAUUACAGCGUAUCAGAGCGCGACAUCGAAGCUCCGAAAUGGGUGGCCUUCGGCAAGGUCGAGCUCAAAGUCGUACAUGGACGUACGGGCAGCGGCCUCUUGUACCUGAACUUGUAUGUGAAGCACUUGGGGCGAGUGGGAUUCCCAGUCGGCGGGUUGCUCGGAGAAGAUGACCACGAGGACGCGAGCGCUGCGCCAGAUUCAUGCGCGCAGCGAUUGGCCCUCGCCGCGGGAGCGCGCCGCGACGGAGGGGCAGAGAUGGCUUCGAUCGCAGUAGCAAGCCUUGCCUGAGCAUGAUGAUGUGCUCGAAACCUCUAAGGGCUCCUGCCCCUGCCGCCGACCGUACGGGGUGGCCCACGACAGGAUACGCCACUCCUCUGCCAUCUUCCCCCUCUUCAUUGGGGUGCGUUCUGGUUGCUCGCGGUCAUUUUCGCGCUUUGUGACCUUUCUCUGGGUAUUGCCAUAUUCUCGGGUCCUUUGCCAGCGCCUCUCUGGACCACGAUCAAGUUGAUCCUCGGGCACCUCGUGCUGCCAGCCUCCGUUCUCACAGCCCGUGGGCAGCAGAAUGAUUUCGGACGCUGGUCCCAGCAGCGGCCACUGUCUAUCGGCGGUCCCGUCGGUUGGGUAGGCCAUUCCUAAGGGAGCUGCGGAGCCAGCCUUCUCGU